AAGUAGAUGUUAUAGAGCGAUAAGGGAAGAAGAGAGAAGUGAAGAGAAGAGAGAGAGAUGGGUAGUUCUAGGGUGAGUGAAAUGGCUAUGUCCAUUGUGGUGGUGCUUGUGUUGUCGCAGCUCUUGCUGGCCAAUGGAGAAGAGCAGCCACAACAAUGCAGCUUUAGCCGAAAGCCUCCAUGCCCUCCAACGCCAACAGGGUUGGGUCAUAUUGUUCUUGUCCAUGGUGCAGGCCAAGGACAGUGGUUCUGGUACAAGGUUAAACCCAUAUUGGAGGCUGCAGGGUAUUACGUGACAACCGUCCAACUUGGACCUUCAGUCACCAUGGCUGUGGAUUCAAUAGCAAAUGUUACGUUUUCAAAUUACUCACAACCAUUGUUUGAUCUGAUGGAAUGCUUAGACCACAAGGUUUUGCUUGUGGCUCACAGUGCAGGAGGUUUCAAUAUUGCUGUUGCAAUGGACAAGUACCCCAACAAGAUACUUGCAGCAGUCUUUAUUGCUGCGUACAUGCCUGAUACUGCACACCCCAUGUCCUAUGUCCUCGAUCAGGGAGCGAAUUAUCCUACAGGAGGAGGAUGGCUAGACACUUGUGUCAUGACUAUUGGGAACACUACAUGGUAUUUCUUUGGUGAUGACUUCUUGGGAACAAAACUCUACCAAAUGUGCCCUCCUGAGGAUAUUGCCCUAAUGCAUACACAGAAAAGGUCAGGAUCGUUCUUCUACAAUGAAAUGGCUGAAAUGCAACUUACAGAAGAGAAUUAUGGUUCAGUUGAUCGAUUCUACAUUGUAACGGGGGACGAUUUAACGAUUGCUACUGCUUUUCAGUAUGUAAUGAUUGAAAAUUUUCCGGUGAAGGAGCAGAAGUUGAUAAAUAGUUCUGGUCAUGAGGUUAUGCUAUCAAAGCCCUUAGAGUUGUCUGCAAAUAUCUUAGAUAUUGCCAGAAAAUAUUACUCUUCUUUUGUGACUCCUAAAGCUGCUGGAGAUGGAACUUGGGAUGGUUGGGUCGAGAUGAGAGCCAAACCAAAUUCACUCCUACGUGGUGCCUUGUGGGUUUGAACUGAUUGGACCAGAGAAGUCCAAUCUUAGUAUCAAUGUACUGCUACUGCUGCUGGAGGGUACCAUGGUUUUUGUGUUGGGUUUGCUAUGCUAUCUGUCUAUCUAUGUAUAAACAAUAAAAGCCACUAUUGUCUAUCAAAUAUUACAGCUUAGCAGUGCUUUCUAUGUUAAUGAUAUAUCUCCAUCUAUCAUGGUUCUGAGU